AACCAUAUACAAAUCUAAACAAGACGGGUUGAGAGAAGAGAAAUUUGGAGAUGGCGAAUUCAGCUAUUCCUACAAUAGGCAGCGACGCCAAGGAAAUCAUCACGCAGAGGUUAUCUCUCAUCGACGACUUGUACUUUCCUCGCAAGGUACAACCCUCCGCUGCAACUGAUUCCGCUCACCGGAAGUCCCUACUCGCCGACCUCCUUUCUACCGACGCCGCCGUCUUUUUGGAGCGUUACGGGUCGAGAUUAUCGGUGGAGGAGCUGAGUCAUUUCGACGUGUUGAGAGGCGAUUACGAAAUCAACUGGCAUUUAAAUCACCUCCGGAGCAUUAUCGAUCCAACUGUCGAGGAUAAAAAAUCUAGGUCGAUGAAAAUCAAGAAUCGGAGGCUGGCGUAUAUGGAUAAGCUAAUGGUGGAAGGGCAUUAUUUUUCGGAAGAUGCAAUGAGGGAAAGAGAGCCGUAUUUGCACCAUGAGUAUGUGGGGAAAUUUCAAGAUCCGUAUGGGAGGGGUAUGGCAAGGCCCGGAGAACGGUGGUCGGAGACACUUAUGAGACGUUCUGAAGAAGCAAUCUUGGUUGAGAAGAUCCGAUCGGAGCAACAAAUGCUGGGAGAGGAAGAAGAAGAGGAAGAGCAAGAAGAAGAAGAAGAAGACGAAGAAAGUGAAACAGAAGUUGCAAUGGAGAAGGAGACAAAUCUUGAGGUACAUAGAGAUCACAAUGCACAGUUGAGUGGUGUAGAAGGGACAGACAAUUUGUCGACAGAGGAAAUUGAAGAGCGGUUGGAGCAGUUCACAAACGUAAUGCAGCACAAGUUCUUAUCAGGGAAAGACGAGCAGCACCUUGACUACUCAAGAAUCGACGAAGACGAAACCUUAGAUGAUCACUGGAUGAAAGAAGCAAAUCAAGAUGCCGAGGAAAAGUAUUUUGAUGAUAUUUAGCAACAUGAACACGUGUACUAUCUCAAACUAUCAUCUUUACUUCAUGUAACUAUUUACUAGUGUUACGUUUUAGAUUUGUUGUCAUUUCAUAUCACCUGCAGUUUAUCUUUUAUGCCUUACAGAUUGAAAUUAUAUAUGUACAUAUGAGUCUAGCAGAACGGCACGAUUUUUUUAGCCUUAUUAGACGCUGAUAA